GGUCCACGAGAUGACACCGCCUCCGCCCAGAUGCACCUCCCUCCGUGUCCCGCGCUGCCGCAUUCCCGGCCCACCGGCUCGGUCCGGACUCCCGCUGCAGUUGCUACUGCUGCUGCUCUGGGCGGCCGCCGACACCCAAGGCCACCCGAAGAGUGGACCCCGCAUCUCCGUUGUCUGGAAAGGCCGCGCAGGGAAGGACCGGAUGGAUUUUGGCUCGGCGGAGCCACACACCGUGCUUUUCCAUGAGCCAGGCAGCGAUUCUGUGUGGGUGGGCGGACGUGGCAAGGUCUACCUCUUCAACUUCCCCGAGGGCAAGAACGCCUCUGUGCACACGGUGAACAUUGGCUCCACCGAGGGAUCCUGCCUGGGCAAGCAGGACUGUGAGAACUACAUAACACUCCUGGAGAGACAGGGCGAGGGGUUGCUGGCCUGCGGAACCAAUGCCCGGCACCCCAGCUGCUGGAGCCUGGUGAAUGGCACUGUGGAGUCACUUGGUGAGAGGAGAGGUUAUGCCCCCUUCAGCCCGGAUGAGAACUCCCUGGUUCUGUUUGACGGGGAUGAGGUGUACUCUACAAUCCGGAAGCAGGAAUACAACGGGAAGAUCCCUCGGUUCCGCCGCAUCCAGGGCGAGAUUGAGCUGUACACCAGUGACACCGUCAUGCAGAAUCCACAGUUCAUUAAGGCCACCAUCGUGCACCAAGACCAGGACUAUGAUGACAAAAUCUACUACUUCUUCCGGGAGGACAACCCUGACAAGAAUCCCGAGGCUCCUCUCAAUGUGUCCCGCGUGGCCCAGCUGUGCAGGGGGGACCAGGGUGGUGAGAGUUCGCUGUCGGUCUCCAAAUGGAAUACCUUCCUGAAGGCCAUGCUGGUGUGCAGCGACCCCCUCACCAACAAGAACUUCAACAGGCUGCAGGAUGUCUUCCUACUCCCUGACCCUAAUGGCCAGUGGAGGGACACUAGGGUCUAUGGUGUUUUCUCCAACCCCUGGAACUACUCGGCUGUCUGUGUAUAUUCCCUUGGUGACAUUGACAAGGUCUUCCGUACUUCCUCACUCAAGGGCUACCACACAGGCCUUCCCACCCCUCGGCCUGGCAAGUGCCUCCCAGGCCGGAAGCCGAUACCCACGGAGACCUUCCAGGUGGCCGACAGUCACCCUGAGGUAGCACAGAGGGUGGAGCCCAUGGGGCCUCUGAAGACACCACUGUUUCACUCUAAGUACCACUACCAGAAAGUAGUUGUCCACCGCAUGCACACCAGCCACGGCGAGACCUUUCACGUGCUUUACCUAACUACAGACAGGGGCACCAUCCACAAGGUGGUGAAGUCAGAGGAGUGGGAACGCAGCCUCGUCUUCAACAUCCUGGAGAUCCAGCCCUUCCGCCGUGCAGCAGCCAUCCAGGCCAUGUCACUGGACCCUGACCGGCGGAAACUGUAUGUAAGCUCCCAAUGGGAGGUGAGCCAGGUGCCCCUGGACCUGUGUGACAUCUAUGGUGGGGGCUGCCAUGGCUGCCUCAUGGCCCGAGACCCAUACUGUGGCUGGGACCAAGGCCACUGUGUCUCCAUCUUUAGCUCCCAAAGGUCAGUGCUGCAGUCUAUUAAUCCAGAUGAGCCACACAAAGAGUGCCCCAACCCAAAGCCAGAUGAGGCCCCGCCUCAGAAGGUCUCCUUAGCCCGGAACUCGCGCUACUACCUGAGCUGCCCCAUGGAGUCCCGCCAUGCCACCUACUGGUGGCGCCACGGAGAGAAGGUGGAGCAGAGCUGCGAGCCUGGCCACCAGAGUCCCAACUGCAUCCUGUUCAUCGAGAACCUCACGGAUGGGCACUAUGGCCACUACUACUGCGAGGCCCAGGAGGGCUCCUACGUCCGCAAGGCCCAGCACUGGCAGCUGCUGUCUGAGGACGAGGCCAGGGCCCAGCAUCUGCUGGGCUGUGCCCAUGCCCUUUUGGCCUCCCUCUGGCUGGGGGUCCUGCCAACACUCAUUCUUGGCCUACUGGUUCAUUAGGGCCUCCUGGGGCUGGGCAUGUUGUGGGCUUCUGCAGUCCCAGGGCACUAGGAAAGUCUCACGCCAGAGCCACCCGCUGGGAGCUCCUUGCCCACCAUAGGUUCCAGGGGGACUGCAUAGCUUGACAGGGGACACCAGGCCUGGAGAUGGCCAGCCACAGGCGGCUGCUGGGUGGGGCAGGGUAGUGGGGGCUGGAGAAUGAAGGCACGGGCUAUGAAGCUGGGGCAUUGAUGGCCCAAGACUUUAUCUUCUGGAGACUAUUUUUCAAAAAUUCUUCCUCAGACUUGCCCAUAUUCAGUGAUGCUCCUGGCCCAAGAGCCUGUGGGCCAGAGAGGGGUUGGGAAAGGGGAGCUGGGAUCCCGUUUCUGGACCUUCAAGCUCUCUAUACUCAAAUUGCCCCUCAUCCUCCCUCCUGCCACCGCAGGGGCUGGUUGGCCCAGGCUGCCCUCUGUGGCCUCACCAGCCCUGGGUCCCACUAAGGCGGCCUCCUUGCAUGUUUAUUGAAGGAUGUUUGCUUUCCGGACGUGAGGACGGAAAGGGCUCUAUUUUUAUCUUAGGCUUAUUUCAUGUACUGCUACUUCCGACUGCAUCUGUAUGAAAAUACCAAAACU